GUGGACCCUGCCUCCUGCCCUCCUAACUUCUGCCCUGCUUCUGUGUCCCCAGCAGGAAGAUGGCUUCUGCAGCGACAGAGGGAGAGAAGGGGUCUCCAGUGCUGGUGGGGCUGCUGGUUGUGGGCAACAUCAUUAUUCUGCUGUCAGGCCUGGCCCUGUUUGCGGAGACAGUGUGGGUAACAGCUGACCAGUACCGCGUGUACCCACUGAUGGGUGUCUCGGGCAAGGAUGAUGUCUUCGCUGGCGCCUGGAUUGCCAUCUUCUGUGGCUUCUCCUUCUUCGUGGUGGCCAGCUUUGGUGUAGGAGCUGCGCUCUGUCGCCGUCGGUACAUGAUCCUCACGUACCUGCUGCUGAUGCUUAUUGUCUACAUCUUCGAGUGUGCCUCCUGCAUCACAUCCUACACCCACCGUGACUAUAUGGUUUCCAACCCAUCCCUGAUAACCAAGCAAAUGUUGACCUACUACAGCGCAGACACAGACCAGGGCCAGGAGCUAACCCGCCUCUGGGACCGGAUCAUGAUUGAGCAAGAGUGUUGUGGCACAUCUGGCCCCAUGGACUGGGUGAAUUACACAUCAGCCUUCCGGGCAGCCACCCCAGAAGUGGUGUUCCCAUGGCCCCCGCUGUGCUGUCGCCGGACAGGGAACUUCAUCCCCAUCAAUGAAGAUGGCUGCCGAGUAGGCCACAUGGACUACCUGUUUACCAAGGGUUGCUUCGAGCACAUCGGCCAUGCCAUUGACAGCUACACGUGGGGCAUAUCGUGGUUUGGCUUUGCCAUCUUGAUGUGGACCCUCCCAGUGAUGCUGAUAGCCAUGUAUUUCUACACCACUCUCUGAGGAGGAAGGGGAGGCCAUAGACGCACCUCGGUUCGAAGCUCCUGCCUCGCUGCUGCGCGCACUUGGACAGCCUCAACCUCCUCCCCACCCUCCCCCGUGCACCUCAGCCACAACCCACCCCAUCCACCUCCCUCCAUUUUCCCUUCUUGUGAUCCCAAUGUCCCUUUCUAGAUGUAGGAGCUGCCCGGGACCUCCCUGUACCCCUGACCCUCCCUAUGCCUCUAGCCCUGGAUUUGUGUGCCUGGACCCUCUUGACCCAGCUUCACUUGGCUGAUCUGCUGACAACAGUAUAUCAUGUCCUUAGAGGCCCUUCGCUGCUCCUAACAAUCCAUCCUGCCCCUUUCUGUGGCUUCCAGAACUUCUUGCAGGUGUAGCCAUUGUUGCUCAGUAAUUUGUUUAAGCUCUUAUACGCCUAGAUUGCUAAAAGAGGAGGGUGACACGUUCUGCCAUGGUCAUUGUGGGGGUCCCCAUCAGCACCCCAACAUGUGUCUGGGCUUGGGCUGGGGACCCAAUAAACACUGGCUG